AUGACUCGGAAGAGAAUAAAACAUGAGCAACUCCCUAAUGAAAAUAAGCGAAACUCUAUCCUCUCCAAAAGAGCCGAAGGGCUGGUCAAGAAGGCUGAGCAAUUGCAGAUUCUUUGUGGCGUUGACAUUGCCAUCAUUGGCCACCGGCAGACGGGCGAAAGCAAUGCCAUUCUUUGGCCAUCACCAGAGGCUGUGGCUGAGCGGGUGAAUAAAUUCAUGGAGUUUCCGACAAUUGAAAGAAAUAAAAAAAUGGUAACUCAUGAAAAGUAUGUCGAGCAAAAUGUCAACAGUGAAAGGGAGAACAUGGCUAAGUUAAAGAGGGCCACGGAAGUGAAGGAGGGCCAUCACUUGCUGGCCAAAAAGCCGGUGGACAUGAUGCAGAUGCUGGAGCUGGAUUUGGUGGAGGAGAUGGUGGCGGAGAUGCUUAAGAAUCUGAAAGUGAGGGCUGCAGAAGUUGGGCUGCCGACGCCGGCAGAUUCUAGGGCCAGGACAGGGGCAGCGCCAGCAACGGAGGCUGAAGAUCAGGGCCUGAUGAGGGCGAUUGUCGCGGUGGGGGCCGAUAAGUGGUUCUCUAACAGCCCUGGAGGCAGCAGUGAUGGCACCGGUGGUUCUUCUCUUGGGUUUGGAGGUUUCUCAAGUGCCACUGCUGCCAGCGGUUCUUCUUCUAGUUUUGUAGGGUUUCCUGGUGGCGCCACUGCUAUUGGUGGUUCCUCUUCUGGUGUUGGAGGAUUUUCUGGUGCCACUGUUGCUGCCGGAUCUUCUUCUAGUUUUGCAAGGUUUUGUACUGGCAUUGCUGCCGUUGGUGGUUCAUCUACUGGUUUUGGGGGAUUUUUCAGUGCUGGUGCUGCUGGAGGUUCUUCUUCUGUUUAUGCAGGAUUUUCCGGUGAUGCUUUUGCUGGCAGUUCUUCUUCUAGAUUUGCGGGGUUCUCUGGUGGCGCCGUUGUUGGAGGUAGUUCUUCUGGAUUUGGAGGGUUUUCUGGUGGCACCACUGGUGGUGGUGGUAGUUCUUCUGGUUUUGGAGGAUUUUCCAAUGCCGCUGCUGCUGGGGGUUCCUCCGGUGGUUUUGGAGGAUUUUCCAGUAUCAAUGCUGAUGAUUUCGAGUCUUCCAGUGAUUUGGAAAGGUUUUUUGAUGGCGAUGCCGAUGAUGCCUCCGGCGCUUCCUCCAGUGGUUUUGGAGGUUUCUCUGGUGUCGAUGGUGGCUUCUCCGGUGGCGUUGGCGGAUCUUCCGGUGGAAAUAUUUAAUAGGUAUUGGGUUGCAGCAUAUAUGAUUGGUUGGCAGUAAUAUAUAUGAUUGUUAUUAUUUUACCAGUAUUGAUUUUUACAGUU